AUGUCCGGGAAGUUGAUUCCGAAUUGCUUAAAGCUGGGUCAAGUCUUGAAUUUGGACCUUGUGCCUCUAGACAAUCCAAAAGUUUUUUCAUUGGAUACUGAUCUCACAGAAUCUGGACAAAUCUCCAACGCCUUGACUACACAUUUUAAUUUCUCUGGCUACGAGGCGGAGGGCAAUCCAAAAGGACCGGAUGUAGUCAUACACUUUGCAGCAUAUGCUCGCAAUAUGCUCGUGCCAGACAAUGAAUGCUACAAAGGCAAUGUCUUGUCGACUUACAACGUCAUUGAGGCGACCUGGAAGCUCGGGAUACCCAAAAUCGUCAUCGCCAGCGGCGAGACUAUCUACGGAGGAUGUUUUGCGCAGGGAGGUCAUGAUUAUGAGUCCUUUCCUUCGAAUGAAGAUCUCGACGUCAAUCCAAUGGACACUUACACCAUUAGUAAACUAUGCCGUGAACGAGUGGCGCGUGGGUUUGCUCGGAGGUUUGGGGUCGACAUAUAUGCCUUGCGGAUUGGUAAUGUUAUCGAGCCGCAUGAGUAUGAGCGCGACUUUCCAAAGUAUGUCAAUCCAUGA